AUGAUUUUCAUCGGAUACUCGGAGGCGUACAAGUUUAUUGAUUCUGAUACCGACAAAGUUGUGAUCAGCAGAGAUGCUCGUUGUCUCGAAGAAGAUGACCGAACGAAUGAGGCUACCAAUCCUGAAGUUGUUGAGUUUGAAUGCGAUCCAGAAACAACGGAUGAAACCCCAGAUGAAAUACCAACUCAAGUCGAAUUUGAGGAAGAUCUGUCGGAAGCGGAAUCUACACUCAUUCAGGAGGAGCAGCAGCCCGAGUCAGGCGAUAGCAGUAUCGAGUUUCUCAGCAGUAGCCAAGAAGUUCCUGAUUCACCACUGCCACGUCGAUCGGAAAGAGGUACCAAAGGUAAAACACCCGCACGAUACGCUGAGUCACUGAACAUCAUUUACAAGCACCAAUCCGCACCGCGAACAUAUGAAGAGGCUGUAGCUGAUCCUGAGAGCGAGAUGUGGAUAGCUGCAAUCGAAGACGAGCUCAAAUAUCUAAAGGAGAACCACAUUUGGGAUUUAGUGAAGUUUCCUGCCGAAAGAAAAGCAAUACGAUGUUGA